AGGCCAAUGAGAAGCGUUUGUGCCGACCUGCACACGUCGAUUGGGCAAGACUUCACAUGACAUCAUCAAAAUAGCACUCAAUCAGCAGUGUUCUUUUCUCAGCCUCAUUUGAAUAACGCCUUAUAAAAAGGGAAGUUACCGGCAGACUCGGUGCUACAGUUCCUGUGGUUGCUGUGACAAGAUGCCCGAGCCAGUGAAGUCCGCGCCCGCCCCGAAAAAGGGCUCCAAGAAGGCCGUGACCAAGGCGCAGAAGAAGGACGGCAAGAAGCGCAAGCGCAGCCGCAAGGAGAGCUACUCGGUGUACGUGUACAAGGUGCUGAAGCAGGUGCACCCCGACACGGGCAUCUCGUCCAAGGCCAUGGGCAUCAUGAACUCGUUCGUCAACGACAUCUUCGAGCGCAUCGCGAGCGAGGCGUCGCGCCUGGCGCAUUACAACAAGCGCUCGACCAUCACGUCCCGGGAGAUCCAGACGGCCGUGCGCCUGCUGCUGCCCGGGGAGCUGGCCAAGCACGCCGUGUCCGAGGGCACCAAGGCCGUCACCAAGUACACCAGCUCCAAGUGAGCGGCGGACCUCACCGUAACCCAAAGGCUCUUUUCAGAGCCACCCACAGUUUCAGCGGAAAAAGCUGUUAACACAUGGCGUCUCUUCCUGUAGUCGGUUUGGGAUCCUGGACGUA